CUCUUUCUCUUGGUGCUAGUCGGCCAGAGUUUGCAACACUGGUCUCAUGGGGCUGGAGCGGAGUUUGCGGAUGGACUCGUGGUGAAUUGCUGUUGAACGUGUUCGGAGAUACGCGAUUUUCUUUGAAGAACGAGUGUGUUUGGCCCGCACAAUAAUUCACCUUAUUUUAUCGUUGCCGGUCAACCUGAGAUCGUUUAUUAACGCACAGUGUGACAUAACCUCCUCCUUCUCUCUUUACAGGAUUUCUCAUCAACAAUGUCUCACGAUCACACAAGUCACACGAUGACAAAUGCCACGUCUCACGAUGUCCACAUGGCUCACAUGGACCACGGGAGCAUGAAUCAUGGAAAUAUGGAUCACGCGGGUAUGGUUCACGAAAAUAUGGAUCACAACGAGAUGUGCAACAACGACAUGCACGGUAUGAAGAUGACAUUCCACGUCGGUUACUGCGAGAACAUACUCUUCGAGAAUUGGAAAGUCUCGACGGUCGGCGGUCUCGUCGGAUCGAUGAUUGGUAUUGUUAUUAUGGCCGCGCUCUACGAAGGUUUAAAAUAUUACCGGGAGUAUCUUUUCUGGAAAACGUACAACUCGUUGCAGUACAGAAGCGUCACGGUGCCAAGUGAGAAGAAUGUAGUAGCCGAGGAUAACCGAGUUGUUCAUAUGGUUGGCGAAGUAAUUCACAAGCAACCGCCAACCAUGCUGUCCUGGAUGCAUUUGUUUCAAACGUUUCUACACAUAAUUCAAAUCGUGCUGUCUUACUUUUUGAUGUUAAUCUUCAUGACUUACAAUGUCUGGCUGUGCUGCGCGGUGGUACUGGGUGCUGCCACUGGAUAUUUCCUGUUCGGCUGGAAAAAGUCAGUGAUCGUGGAUGUUACGGAACAUUGUCAUUAGCAUUCAGUAAAUUGCUCAACUUUAUUCUUCCUAAAUUGCGUGCAAACAUGCGUGCAAUGAUGUAUUCCGAAAAAAAAAAAUUCGCCGGAAUGUAAAAAGAACGUGUAAAUUACGAACACAGUGUUGCAUUCUGCGUAACUAAAAUUUAUAUAAAAACUAUUUUAUUGUAUAUAAUUUUAUAACACACAAUACAAAAUGUUGUAAAUUCUGAAAUGCCACAAGGUUUAUAGAAGAUUUUUUACCAAUUCGAGGAUCUAUGAUUUCUGGCAAGGUGAAUUUUUAAAAUACCACCAACAUACGAGGCGGCGAGAUUAAAAUUCGUUAUAUAUUUUUUUCGUAUAAAUUUUUUUCAAGGUUAAAAACAUAACUUACAAUUAGAUACUGUUAAGAAAGAUAUGUUCAUUCUUUAAUAUAUAUACUUUUAUCAUAAGAUUUCUAUUCAUAACUAUACCAUGACUCGAAACUUUAUACAUGUCAUAAAAAAAGAUAGUUAUAAUUUCUCACACACAAAAUGAAUUAUUAUAGGAGAAUUAUUGUAUAUAGUUUUAAAAUUCUUAUAUGUAUAUGUAUACACACACACACAAUUACAUCAUUGAACAUGUGUUGUGUGCAUACUUUUCCCAAAUUUUAUAUUAAUUUAUCUAGUAUACAUUAUUCAGUCUUCUAUUACCAUUUUAUAAGAACUUUCAUCUAUCAAGAUUUAAAUUUUUAAUAUUUGGGAAAGGGUAUUCUCUUCAUCAUCUUAAAAGAAUUUUGAAACAACUUUAUGUAAAUCAUUGUAUACCACGUCGCCGAGAAAUGACGUUGUAAAGUUCUUCAUAUGUAGUAUAUAGUAACUUAAAAUAUAUAAAAUGUUACACA